AUUACUUUUUGCCGAAGUGAAAGUGGAACUUUUUGCAGUUGGACUCGAAAGAAAAACAGCAGCACAAUAAAAUGGCAACCAAGUUUUUAGAAGAGGAUUUGACCUGUCCUGUGUGCUGUGAAAUCUUCAAAGAUCCUGUUGUUCUGCUCUGCAGUCACAGUGUGUGUAAAGAGUGUUUGCAUCAGUUCUGGAAAACCAAAGGAUCCAGAGAAUGUCCUAUUUGUAGGAGGAAGUUGUCUAUGGAGCAACCUCCCAUAAGUACGUCUUUAAAGAACCUGUGUGAGACUUUCUUACAGGACAGAAGUCAGAGAUCAUCAUCAGUGUGCAGUCUGCACAGUGAGAAACUCAAACUUUUCUGUCUGGAUGAUCAAAUGGCUGUUUGUUUGGUGUGUCGGGAUUCCAGAAAACACACAAAUCACAAAUUCUGCCCCAUAGACGAGGCAGUAACAGACUAUCAGGAGGAGCUCAAAACUGUACUCAAGCCCCUACAGGAGAAACUGAAGAUCUUUAGUGACUGUAAACUGAACUGGAGUCAGAUUGAAGAACAUAUUAAGAUUCAGGUCCAACACACAGAGCGUCAGAUUAGGGAGGAGUUUGAGAAGCUUCACCAGUUUCUACGAGAUGAAGAGGCAGCCAGGAUCGCUGCACUGAGAGAGGAAGAGGAGCAGAAGAGUCAGAUGAUGAAGGAGAAGAUCGAGAAGCUGAGCAAUGACACAUCAUCUCUUUCAGACACAAUCAGAACCAUAGAAGAGGCGAUGAGGGCUGAAGAUGUCUCAUUCUUACAAAACUGCAAGUCCACAGUGAAACGAGCCCAGUGUACACUGCAGCAUCCAGAGGAGCUUUCAGGAGCACUGAUCCAUGUGGCAAAACAUCUGGCCAACCUGAGGUUCAGAGUCUGGGAGAAGAUGCAGCACACUGUUCAAUACACACCUGUAACUCUGGACCCCAACACUUCUCAUCCUAGACUCAUCGUAUCUGAUGAUCUGACCAGUGUGAGACGCAGUAAUGAGGAACAGAAACUUCCUGAUAAUUCAGAAAGAUUUGAUGAAUGUGUGUGUGUCCUGGGUUCUGAGGGCUUUAACUCAGGGACACACCGCUGGGAUGUUGAAGUUGAAGACUCUAUAUACUGGCUUGUGGGUGUGAUGACAGAAUCUGCCCAGAGGAAAGGAAAUGCAUACUCCAGAAGUGGGAUCUGGUGUGUGAGGUAUUAUGAUGGUAAAUAUGGAGCAGGUUCUACCCCACACACAGUCACUCUCCUCUCAGUAACACAGAAACUCCAGAGGAUCCGAGUGCAGCUGGACUGGGACAGAGGAAAACUGACAUUCUCUGACCCUCUCACUAACACACACAUACACACUUUCACACACACAUUUACUGACAAAUUACUGCCAUUCCUUUAUGUUAUUGGUGAAGAAUCUCCUCUAAAGAUCCUCCCACUUGUGCUCUCAAGUUGAAUCAGAUCAGUUAGAGUCUAUUAAUGAAAUACUGCAGAUUAAAAGGAC